AUGGGCAACGGAACUGGCGACAAGGCAUCCCAAUCCCUCGGAACGUCCUUCCCGAGCUCGAGCUGGCAAUCAGGUGGAGGAAUAUGGGGAAAUGGUCCUAUCGGGUCGAACAGCUUCAGCAAGAGAGAGACAUCGGCAUCUCGAGCAUCUGACGAGUCCUUCAACGGUGCCUCUGGCAUAAGCCAACUAGCUGCACAGUCCGAAGCAGACUCGUGGGUACGACCUGGACCUUGGAACACAGAGAAUCCUUCAAAUGGCAACACAUCGGGCAGCACCUCACCAACCCGUAGGAGAGACGGCCAGCAGUCGAUUCAUGAGAUCUCGAACACUUCACCUUACUUCACAACCCGCACGGCUGCGAUUGGUCAAGGUCCAGGAUUUGGAAACCGGCCUAAGCAGAACACCUCGUUAGAUCCUUCCACGGGCGCUUUUAAACAGGGGCUGAAUGGCAUUGCCGACGACAAGGAGAGUUUCCAUGCUUUCCAAGUGCCGGGCUUCAAUACCUUCAAGCGUCCUUCCCAGGAUGCAGGCUACCUCAAUGUUGGCGGAUCUCCCAACCUUCCUCAUUCGCGACCCUCUGAGACCGACAAGUUUGAAGAGAGCGGCAAUGCCUAUGGUUAUCAAGGCACUCAAUCUCAUCGGCCUCAGCUCGCGGGUCCUUCAAACUCAUUCCCACGUACUAACUCCUCGUACAGCGUCAAUCAGUCGCAUGUUAACGAAGAGGAACUUCGCGAGAAGCUGAGGAGGAGCCUAACCCUGGAGGAGUCAUCCGAGCAAAUCACGAAUGGGUUAUACUCAACCUCGUCUCAGCCCUUCCAGUUUAACCCGGGCUCGCAACCCUGGGAGACAUCGAUUGGUGGUGGUUCCAAGGUGUACGGUGGAUACCAGCAACAAGACCCGUACGCGGAGUCGUUGGCACCUCCUUAUCUCUCAAAUGUGCACCGGCGGGGCCCAUCAGUAUCGCGUGAGUCGCCCGCCAGCAGCGUAUACCGUCAACCACUUCAAAGCCCUACCAAGAGCUACGGUGGAACACCUCCGGCCGAUGCUUGGAGUCGGCCCGGAUCUCGAGACCCCAGGAUGACCUCAGAAACGGACCGCAGGACACCAGGCCAACCAUUCCUGCAGCAGCCCGCUUACUAUCCGCCUCCUUACUACAACCCGAACUUCCCUAGUCAAUAUCCCCCACAGCUCUUUGACCCAUACACUGGCCAUCCUACCUUCAGGCCGCCCAUGCCGAUGCCAAACUAUGGGCUGCCCGUAAACCCAUACCUACCCGGUGGCGUUCCCAUCCGUCCUGGAAAAGACAGGGACCCUGGACAAGGGGUGCGAAGCAUGCUUCUUGAGGAGUUCCGAUCAAGCUCGAAGUCCAACAAGCGCUACGAGCUGAAGGAUAUCUACAAUCAUGUCGUCGAGUUCAGUGGAGACCAGCACGGGUCUCGUUUUAUCCAGCAAAAACUCGAAACUGCCAAUAGCGAUGAGAAGGAUCAGGUCUUCCGGGAGAUAGAGCCGAAUGCCGUGCAGCUCAUGAAGGAUGUAUUUGGCAACUAUGUCAUCCAGAAAUUUUUCGAGCACGGCAACCAAGUUCAGAAGAAGGUGCUUGCAGCACAGAUGAAGGGCAAGGUUGUUGAUUUGUCCACACAGAUGUAUGCCUGCAGAGUUGUCCAGAAGGCCCUGGAGCAUGUUCUUGUCGAGCAACAGGCCGAACUAGUCAAGGAACUAGAACCUGAGAUCCUGCGAAUUGUCAAGGAUCAAAACGGCAACCACGUUGUCCAGAAGAUCAUUGAACUUGUUCCCCGCCAAUACAUCGACUUCAUCAUGGAUGCAUUCCGGGGUCAAGUCAGCGGCUUGGCAUCUCACAGUUAUGGUUGCCGAGUGGUCCAACGUAUGCUUGAGUAUGGUUCAGAGGCAGACAAGAAUACUAUCAUGGAGGAGCUACAUGCCUGCUCCCAGGUCCUGAUUACUGACCAAUACGGAAACUAUGUCACUCAACAUGUGAUCCAGCAUGGCAAACCCGAAGACCGAUCAAAGAUGAUCCGCAUCGUCAUCAGUCAAUUAGUGACCCUAUCAAAGCACAAGUUCGCAUCCAAUGUUGUGGAGAAAUGUAUAGAAUAUGGAACUCAGGACGAGCGACGGGCCAUUCGCGAUGAGCUAACUACCAUUGGGAGCGACGGUACGAGCCCCUUGCAACUCAUGAUGAAGGAUCAAUAUGGCAACUACGUCAUCCAAAAACUCCUUAGCCAGUUGGAAGGUGAAGAGCGGGAGGCCUUCGUUGAGGAGAUGAAGCCACAAUUCACCUCCUUGAAGAAGGUCAGCACUGGUCGCCAGAUUGCAGCGAUUGACAGAUUGAUGUCAGCCGUUUCUUCGCCUACUCCCGGCAAGCCUGCCAGUCUCAGCGGGAGCGUCAACGGCAGUGUCAACGGCAGCGUCUCCGGCGCGGCUCCUGCCUCGCCGGGGUUGCAGGUAGAGGUCAACUCGGCUGCCCCUACACCUGUCUUGACGAUGGAGCCGAACAGCCCUCAAAGCAGCAGCCCCCCAAGCACUAAUGCUAGUGCUGUCGAGGACACGGCUGAGGAACCCAUAAACAACAAGGAGUCUGCUAAUGCAGCUGAUCCCAAGGUUCGCGUGGAUGAUAUUGAGGCUUAA